AUGUUUAGUCUACGAAGGAAUAGUAAUGUAAAGAAUAUUAAUUACUUUACGAGUUUAAAUUACAUAAAUUCAGUUAGUUUUGUUCUACAAUUCUUAAAGAACGGUAACCGAAAUCAGCAACCACCAAGCAGUGAUUUGAUCGAGAAUGAACCUUCAACAUUGUCAGGCAUUCAGACUAUUGUUGAAGGUAACGGAAAUCGGCAACCAACAAGCAGUAAUUUGAUCGAGAAUGAACCUUCAACUUUUUCAGGCAUUCAGGCUAUUGUUGAAGAUUUGCCUAGUAAGGAAAAUGUAGCUAAUAUGGAUCCUGAUAUUUUAGAUAAUGAGUAUGAAGAAUAUUAUGAAAAUAUUGUGUUGCAAGAAAUUAAAAUACAUACCUGUACUAUUAGACUUAAGUCAUAUAUGCCAGUGUUCUUUUUAACAUAA